CAAGCAUCGUCCAUGCAGUCUACCUUCCUCAAUACUUUGUAGAAGACUGGGCAUUUGAUUCUCUCGUAUGCAAUACCACCUGGUAGAAUACACCAGGAAUCGAUGAUGAGUAGUGGGGGCUGAGAUUUUUCUGUGAUCACGCGAUCGAGGGUCACUACGUGGAACUGGGGGUGGAAGAGAUAUUACUGGAGGUGUCAUUAACAUCAAGUAUCAAGAAAAUUGCCUAUCGCACUGUUACCUCAGACUAGAUGGCGUCGGCACCGGGAAAUUCUUGGUCAGUGACAUUGACAGCUGCAUUUAUCAGGUGCUGUGGUUUCUGGGCAGAAGACACUGAAUUUGGAAGAAAGAUCAUGAAUUUAAUUUUAAAUUACUCCAUUGUUGCUCUUUUGUUCGCUUUCUGCGUUACUUCGAAUGACAUGUACAACUGUUCGGACGACUUCGAUAAAUUUACCUAUUGCGGUCUCAAUGUCGUUACAGUUGGUUUUGGAUUCUACAAGCUUGUGGCGUUCUCCAUGAAGCGGAAAAUGUUCUUGGAUUUGAUUUACUACGCGAAGAAACACUUCUGGUUCUGCUAUUAUGAUGAGUAUGGUGCUGAGGUGAUGAGGAGAUGUAUGAGGAGGUGUGUGGGAAUUAUUGUGUUUGCAGUGUUCAUGUGCCAUUUGACUAUCAUAAUUCAUUUUAUCAAGCCUCUGAUAGGUAAGCCACAAUAUGUGGAAGUAUCAGUAUUGUAUAAAUAA